CUGGAGCUUCCUUCCCGCCUACUUUGCAUAGCCCGCGAGUGCUCCGAGCGAAGCGAGGCGGCGGCCAGCCACGACCAAAUCGAUUCGGAAGGGGAAGCGAGAUGACCGGUUCGAACGAGUUCAAGCUGAACCAGCCCCCCGAGGACGGCAUCUCCUCGGUGAAGUUCAGCCCCAACACCUCCCAGUUCCUGCUGGUCUCGUCCUGGGACACGUCGGUGCGCCUCUACGAUGUGCCGGCCAACUCCAUGCGGCUCAAGUACCAGCACACCGGCGCCGUCCUGGACUGCGCCUUCUACGAUCCAACACAUGCCUGGAGUGGGGGAUUAGAUCAUCAAUUGAAAAUGCAUGAUCUGAACACGGAUCAAGAAAAUCUCGUUGGAACCCACGAUGCCCCUAUCCGAUGUGUUGAAUACUGUCCAGAAGUUAAUGUGAUGGUUACUGGGAGCUGGGAUCAGACAGUUAAACUGUGGGACCCCAGAACUCCCUGUAAUGCGGGGACCUUCUCGCAGCCUGAAAAGGUGUACACGCUUUCGGUGUCGGGGGACAGGCUGAUCGUGGGCACGGCGGGCCGCAGGGUGCUGGUGUGGGACCUGCGGAACAUGGGCUACGUGCAGCAGCGCCGCGAGUCCAGCCUCAAGUACCAGACGCGCUGCAUCCGGGCCUUCCCCAACAGGCAGGGUUAUGUCCUGAGCUCCAUUGAAGGCCGGGUGGCAGUCGAGUACCUGGACCCAAGCCCCGAGGUGCAGAAGAAGAAGUACGCCUUCAAGUGCCACAGACUGAAAGAAAACAACAUUGAGCAGAUUUACCCAGUCAAUGCCAUUUCCUUUCACAACAUCCACAAUACAUUUGCCACAGGUGGUUCUGACGGAUUUGUAAAUAUCUGGGAUCCGUUUAACAAAAAGCGACUGUGCCAGUUCCAUCGGUACCCCACCAGCAUCGCAUCACUUGCCUUCAGUAAUGAUGGGACCACACUUGCAAUAGCAUCAUCAUAUAUGUAUGAAAUGGAUGACACGGAACAUCCUGAAGAUGGUAUCUUCAUUCGCCAAGUGACAGAUGCAGAAACAAAACCCAAGUCACCAUGUACUUGACAAGAUUUCAUUUACUUAAGUGCCAUGUUGAUGAUAAUAAAACAAUUCGUACUCCUUAAUGGUGGAUUUAUUACUAUUAACAAAGAAACCAGGGGAAAAUGUUAAUUUUAAUAUUAUAAGAACCUGAAAAUAAUGGAUAAGAGGUUGUUACUGAUUUUUUUUAAACGAACACUUAAGUGCAUGAGCUGGUUUGAUGGUUUGCUGCGUUGAAGGUAUUUGGGCAGACAGAACUGGAGGGCAGUGACGACGCUUAUGAGAAUCAGUUUUGACCCUGCUGAUUUUGUUUCCACCGUGGAAAUAAAUGUUUGUAAAUAAACACAGAUAAUAAAAAUCCCUUUGCAUUUUUUCUGGACCUUUAAUGGCAGAAUAAAAGGCUCUUAGUGGUUUGUUUCUUUUGCUGGUUAUAGUUGCUCAUUCUAACGCUGCUUCAGACUGCCUCAUGAGGAGGUUAAUCUACAAUUAAACAAUAUUUCCUCUUGGCCGUCCAUUAUUUUCUGAAGCAGAUGGUUCAUCAUUUCCUGGGCUGUUAAACAAAGCGAGGUUAAGGUUAGACUCUUGGGAAUCAGCUAGUUUUCAAUCUUAUUAGGGUGCAGAAGGAAAACUAAUAAGAAAACCUCCUAACAUCAUUUUGUGACUGUAAACAAUUAUUUAUUAGCAAACAAUUGAUCCCAGAAGGGCAGAUUGUUUGAGUCAGUAAUGAGCUGAGAAAAGACAGAGCAUAUCUGUGUAUUUGGAAAAAUAAUUGUAACGCAAUUGCAGUGCAUUUAGACAGGCAUCUAUUUGGACCCAUUUCUAUCUCUAAAUGAAUCUUUGGAAACGUUAAUGAGGUUUACAUAUUUUUCCGACAUUUAUAUAGUUCUCAUGUCCAUUUCAGUUGCCCAGCCGCUGGUGAUUAAGGUUAAAAAGAAAAAAAAUUACAGUGAGAAUGAGAUUCGUUUCAGUGUAAUGCCCUGGAGCAGAACACGAACCGAGCUUGGCUUAGCUGAGUGGUUCCAAAUAGUGCUGCUAUUUCCAAACUUUCUGUUCUGCUUACAUGCAGAUGUCUGUUUCUGAAUGGGACUUGGGCCUUUACUGAAAUCCAUUUUAGCCAUGGUGUAUUUUUAAAAUUCUUUUGAUAUAGAGAGAGGUCUUAUUUGUUAAGUAUUUUCAGUAAAAACAGUGUAAAUCUGAAUCCAUCUUUUGAAAUGUAUUUUCUUCAUUGCAGGUCCACCUAAUCAUCUCGCGAAAGUGGUUUCUCUAUGGAAAGAUUUGUUUUCCUUCCUACAAAUACAUUCUUGUCCCCUAAGGAUGCGUUCUAGUCCUUGUGGAUGCGUUACUUAGUGUGUGGAUUUCUCUGUUUCCUGUCUGACAAAACUUGUCUGCGCCCUUUCACGCUGACUUUGUGUAGGGUGAGGAGUCUUGGUGUCCUUGUGCAGUAGUCCAAGAAUCGUUUUUCUCCCAGCAAGCCCAGUCGCUUUUUCUGAGCAGCUUGAGCUCUUUUUGUAAAAUAAUCUGAACCUGUUAUGUCCAUGCUGUUUAAUAAAGCAGAGAUUCAGAACCCUUA